CGCUGAGCCCAGGGCGCGGGGAGAGGGCGCUCUCUAGAUGCUCGCAGACACCCUGGGCUGACUCGCAGCGGCGACACGCCUUUUGAAACCGCCUUAUAAUCUCGUGCUGCCACCUGGACCCGCGGCCUCUGCCCGCCCCGAACACACUGGUGACCCUGACGUCUUUGGUUAAUUUCGUCCAGGCCUAAUUAAAAGCUCCCUGUUGUCGCUUUCUUUCUGGAUCCACUUUUAGGGUAGAGACCCAAUUCCUCUACUUUCCAACUUUCUCCUGCUCUUCAGGUAGGAGGUAGCCAGUCUCUUGCUCACUUUGGGCUCUGAGCUCAGGCCUGCCUGCAUCUGGCUCCCUUUUGUCUGGGCCUAUUUGUUUAAGUGGUAACUUUGAUAAGCACCAUCUGGGCAUGGCCCAGCGAAAAGGCGAACUCCACCUGGGAUAACACAGAGGCCUAUUCUGGACGCAUCUGAACCUUCGACCAAGUUCCUCCUGCUUUCCAGAAACCUAAGAAUGUCUUUGGUAGGCUACAGUUCCAGUUUACUGAAGGAGCCUCAAGGGUCUUCAGCUUUAUUUCUGGGAGGUACACCGAGGCAUAGCUAGAAUGUGGGCUUGGAGGCUGAAGAGCCCACGCAGCGUCACGCAGAGACCUCAGCAACCAGCUUCUCUCCUCGCAGCCCUUUUGCUUCUGCACAGUUCUCAGCAAAGCUUGCUGAGAUGAAAACAAAACAAGUAUCUAGCGUUUGGCUAAAGGACACAGCUCAGUUGCAAAAUAACAUGAAAAUUGCUUGCAAACAGUUAGCUAACAACACCGAAGCGGGCGACAUCCUGCAAAGGCCCUGACAUGCUUGACUUCACACGGAGGGAGCAUCAUGUCACCUCGAGCAAUCUUUGAACCCAAGGCAUCGAAUUCCAAAAGCAGAAAGUCACAGAACCAGCUUUGCCAACACCCACUUUCCCUGGCCAUUCAGAAGGACCACUACUUCCGGGGCCUGUUUGACUUCUCCACCCCAGUGCUGCUGUGGGGCGGCCUCUUCACUCAAGAGCUCUGGAACAAUCUGAGCCAGCACAAAGUCCCCUAUGGGUGGCAGGGACUCUCCCGUGAAGCUAUCAUCUCUACCCUGAGACUUCUCGACAACCCCAAGAGCGCAGAGCUGUUCGGUGCUUCCAAACCGCUAAGCUGUAUUCGGUGUGCCGUGGUGGGUAACGGAGGCAUUCUGAACGGGUCCCGUCAGGGUCAGAAAAUCGAUGCCCAUGACUAUGUGUUCAGACUCAAUGGAGCAGUGAUCAAAGGCUUCGAACGUGACGUGGGCACCAAGACCUCCUUCUAUGGUUUCACCGUGAACACCAUGAAGAAUUCCCUCAUCUCCUACUCCAACCUGGGCUUCACCUCUGUGCCACAAGGGCAGGACCUGCACUACAUCUUCAUCCCCUCAAGCAUCCGUGACUACUUGAUGCUGAGAUCUGCCAUUCUGGGUGUGCCUGUCCCAGAGGGCCCCGAUAAAGGGGACAGGCCUUACACCUAUUUUGGACCAGAAACCUCUGCCAGUAAAUUCAAGCUCCUGCAUCCAGACUUCAUCCGCUACCUGACAGAGAGGUUUUUGAAAUCCAAGUUGCUGAACACACGUUUCGCAGACAUAUAUAUGCCUACCACAGGAGCGCUCAUGCUGCUGACAGCCUUGCACACCUGUGACCAGGUCAGUGCCUACGGAUUCAUCACAAGCAACUACCAGAAAUACUCAGACCACUAUUUCGAACGAGAAAAGAAACCAGUGAUAUUCUACGCAAACCACGAUCUGUCCCUGGAAGCCUCGCUGUGGAAGAGUCUGCAUAACGCUGGCAUCCUUUGGCUGUACCAGCGUUGACACCAAAGUACCGAUUUCUUUGCUUCAAAAGCACUUUUCUUGACCUUUCAACCCCUGGAAGAGGCAUGACUCCCCCAGAGGGUACUGAGACAAGACCCACGGCCAUCACGUCACCAGAGCCUGUUCAAUGUAUGACGCCACCUACUCGACAACUCUUCUGGCUCUUAGCCAGGGGAGGGCAGACUGCUUUGCAGAAUUUGUUUUAAAAUUGAACCUUAACACCCCAAAAUGAGACAGUAAUCCUCACCAGCAAAGAGGCUGGUAGUUCAAUGCCAGCACCUGGUUCUGAGCAGCUAGGAACAUUAGAACCACUCCAGGCUAUCUGGUAAACAGUAGCAAGCGGAAGCCCACUCCUAGCAGAAACCAAUGGCACGUCAAGUCCCAAAUGCCAGAGCCAUUCAACCUGUGAGGACAUCUUAAGCUUUCUGAGAACAUGACAUUACUGCCUUGUGACGGACAGCGAAAACCAGAGGCAGAAUGUAAUUUGAGGCUAGCUAAUAGGGUAAGUGGUGGAUGACCAUUUCGUCCUUUUUUGUGUUGAUUAGUUUGGAGGGAUGGGUGAGGUGCAGCUCAGGACUGUGACUACCGAGCAGGCACAAGCACCAAGGCCCAGGUUUUAAGCACAUCCAGCACCAACGUACGGGAGGCACCGGCUCUUGACCAGCUCCACACAAGUUGCCACUACUGAGAGAAGUCCUACUGGAGAUAUGCCACUCCUUGUCACCAACAGGACACCACUGAGUGACAGACCCUCAUCCCCAUAUCAGAUUCAAUAAACAUCAACUGAGGCACUA